CCAGGACCCUGCAUUCACUAUACAUGGUCUCCCACAGUACACAGAAUAUGGAAAUGCAAUUAUUGUAGUAAACAUAAACUGCUAAUUAUCUGUUUUCAUCAGCAGUUAGAGCAGUCUUGUGACUUCUAUCAGUGUCCAGCUGAGCACUGGUUAAAGCUUGGGGGAGUUUUCUUUCUGCUCUAGGAGGAUUCAGAAUCCCUGACCUCUGUGUGGACAGCACUGAUUGGCCCUGUGCUGAUUACAUGCAUUCUCCCAAGGAAAAAAACCCCUCUAGCAAUACACACCAAAAUGAGCAU